UACGCACACACAAAAUUUAAUAAAACAACUCUUUCUCCAUUUCCUCCAUGGAAACACAUCUAGACAGCUUCUGGAUUUUUGUUCUUCUUUUCAAAUGCAAGUCUCUCUCUUCUCAGAACACCGUUUUUCUUUUUCCUUUUCUGUGCAUGGCUUGGCUAGCCAUGGCUUUUUGCUUCUGGGCUUAUCCUGGAGGUCCUGCCUGGGGUAGGUACUGGUUGAGGAAAGAAAGAAAAGCCAAGUUAAUCCCAGGUCCUCGAGGGUUCCCAGUGCUAGGCAGCAUGAAUCUCAUGGCUAACUUAGCUCAUCACAAGCUUGCAACUGCGGCUAAUCUGUUUAACGCGAAAAGGCUCAUGGCCUUUAGUCUAGGAGAGACUAGGGUUAUAGUCACAUGCAAUCCUGAUGUAGCUAAAGAAAUUCUAAACAGCUCUGUCUUUGCUGAUCGUCCUCUGAAAGAGUCUGCUUAUGGACUCAUGUUUAACAAAGCCAUCGGGUUCGCUCCUUAUGGGGUAUAUUGGCGAACCCUAAGGAGAAUCGCAGCAACACAUCUCUUUUGUCCCAAACAAAUUAGCUUUACAGAGGCACAGAGGAAAGAUAUUGGCUCCCAAAUGGUAUCACUAAUUGCAUUCCAAGGAGGAGAUUUCCCAGUUCGUGAUAUACUAAAGAGAGCUUCACUUAACAACAUGAUGUGCUCAGUGUUUGGGCGCAUGUACGGACUGUGCUCAUCAAAUAGAGAAACAGAAGAACUGAGAGGACUAGUUGAGGAGGGUUAUGCACUACUAGGGAAGCUCAACUGGUCCGAUCAUCUUCCUUGGCUUGCAUGUUUAGACCUUCAAAAGAUCCGGUUCAGGUGUUCUCAACUGGUUCCUAAGGUGUACAAUUUUGUCAACCGGAUCGUUGAAGAACACAGAGCUCAGUUAAACAGCCAAAUUAGACAAGAUUUUGUAGAUGUUUUACUCUCCCUUCAAGGAGCGGACAAGUUAUCAGACCAGGAUAUGAUUGCUGUACUUUGGGAGAUGAUUUUUAGAGGAACCGACACUGUAGCGACUUUGAUAGAGUGGAUACUAGCGAGAAUGGUGCUCCACCCUGAUACCCAAGCAAAAAUCCACUGUGAGCUCGAUCAAGUCGUGGGAAGAUCACGAUCCUUGAUGGAAUCAGACAUUCAUUCAAUGGUUUACUUGCAAGCAGUCGUGAAAGAAGUGCUUAGGCUACAUCCACCGGGCCCACUUUUAUCCUGGGCCCGCUUGGCAAUCUCGGACACUACAAUAGAUGGCUACGACGUGCCCCAUGGGACCACAGCUAUGGUUAACAUGUGGGCCAUAACAAGGGAUCCAGAAAUUUGGGUGGACCCAGUCAAGUUCUGGCCGGAGAGAUUUGUGUGCAAGGGUGCUGGCGUGGAUAUUCAGGAGUUUUCCGUAUUCGGGUCAGAUCUGAGGUUGGCUCCAUUCGGGUCGGGUCGCAGGACAUGCCCAGGGAAGGCAUUGGGUUUGGCCACAGUUAACCUUUGGGUGGGGACUUUGUUGCAUGAAUUUGAGUGGGAGAAAUCGGAUCAUGAACCGGUGGAUCUAUCUGAAGUGCUAAGGCUAUCUUGCGAGAUGGCAAACCCACUUAGAGUCAAAGUGCGGCCUAGGAGAGGAUGCUGAGUUGCGUCUUGUACGCACUCACGGUAAGCAAAAUUCAAAAUUGCAUGAUGUAGUGUAGAUAUGCCUUUGGAGAAAAUUAUUAUGAAUUUAAAAUAUAAAAAUAUGUAAAUUUUACUUGUUUUAUAAAUAAAUUUUAUAAUGAAUAUCGUGUGAUGAAUUUA